UGUGUAUGUUUGAAAGGUAGGAACUGCACCCCCUUUUCUUAUAACAAGAAAACAUGAAACUCUAUUCCGGAGUCUACCAAAGCUGAACAACAAAAUUACACACUAUUAUAAUAAGCUCGUUACAUCAUGAAACCAUAUUAAAGUUUAAAUCUAAAUAAAACUUGUAUAUCUACAAAAAUCACGAAUGCGUAAAUAUGGUCGUUUUAAUAUUUCUCCCUUUCUCGUGAACAAAGACAUCGAUGCGGGAAGGAAAUUGAUUAAAACGCAUUGACAGUUUUUAAAAGGUAUUCAAACGACUAACGUAAGAAAGAUUGCAAAGAUUCUAUUACAAGUUUAAGAUUGCUGUACGAGAAGGGUAUCAAAGGAUAGGGUGAUUCUUCGUGUUUUAUUCUUAUUUUAACUUUCUAAGGUUUCUGUGUGCGGCACUAAAGAAUACACCAAGGUAUUCUUAAAUCCUCGUUAACUUAAUAAAGACCUUCUUAAGACUGUUUGUCGUCUUAGAUCGUGAUGACAUAUAGGAAGAAAGCAGACGUAAAGGGUACUAUGGGAGAGCCGAGCGAAGAGGUCGGUUCAUAUUUAAACGGAAGUCGGAGGAGUUGGAACGAGCCGCAUCCAACAGUGGACCUAACCAGCCUAUUCCUAAAUCCUAUUCAAUUUAAAGAAUUCAUCGUGGCCAAUCGUAACUGGAACGCGCGCUUGGAUUAGUUCGUUUUACCACGAUUUUCUCCAAGUAGUCCGCAGAUUUCAGAAUGCCUCACGUUUCGGGGCCGAUCUUCGAGGCCUAUUCAUGGGCGGGUGGCCAAGGUGGUAAUAAAUUUGGUAACGUGACGGUGGUCGACAAGGUUCCACCGGAUAUGCUCCACCUGAUCGACGCUCACUGGUACCAGUACCCACCCUUGAACCCGUUAUGGCACGCGAUUCUCGGCUUGGUGAUCGGUAUACUUGGUUUCAUCUCCGUAUCGGGAAACGGCAUGGUCGUUUACAUAUUCCUCUCAACAAAAAGUCUUCGUACGCCGAGCAAUCUAUUCGUAAUCAACCUUGCCAUCAGCGACUUCCUAAUGAUGUUCUGCAUGUCUCCGCCUAUGAUAAUCAAUUGUUAUUUCGAGACAUGGGUAUUCGGACCUCUUUUCUGUCAAAUCUACGCGAUGUUGGGCUCCUUGUUCGGAUGUAGCUCCAUAUGGACAAUGACAGCGAUCGCGUUCGAUAGGUACAACGUGAUAGUCAAAGGGUUAUCUGGUAGACCACUGACCAUUAACGGAGCUCUCCUCCGUUUACUGGGUAUAUGGCUCUUCUCGUUAAUAUGGACCGUUGCUCCUGUGCUAGGCUGGAAUCGAUACGUACCGGAAGGUAAUAUGACCGCAUGUGGCACCGAUUACUUCACCAGGAAUUUUAGCUCCAUCUCUUAUAUAGUCAUGUACAGCAUAUGGGUGUACCUCUUGCCACUAUUUCUCAUCAUUUGGAGUUAUUGGUUCAUUAUUAGGGCGGUCGCUGCUGCACGAGAAGAACAUGCGUGGCAAGCGAAAAAGAUGAACGUUCGCCUCUCUACGAUCAGUCAUAAUCAAAACACCAGUGCCGAGUGUAAACUGGCAAAGGUCGCUCUUAUGACUAUCUCUUUAUGGUUCAUGGCAUGGACACCAUAUUUGGUCAUCAAUUUCUCUGGAUGUUUCGAACUCGUUAAGAUCAGUCCGCUUUUCACCAUCUGGGGAUCUCUGUUCGCCAAAGCCAAUGCGGUUUACAAUCCAAUCGUAUACGGAAUCAGUCAUCCGAAGUAUCGAGCCGCCAUUGUUUGAGAAAUUCCCCUUCGUUGGCGUGCUCCAGCCCGGCACCACCCGCAGACGCAACGUCGACACCACCACCGUCGCGGACAGGCGAAAAAAGCAAACGCGUAAAACAGCUUGUCGAAAUUAGAGACAACGCCGCCGCCUGACAAGCAGAUCUAAUUCGAUGAAGAAGAAAAUAAAAUGCCUAAAUACAUAUACGGAAUUGCUGGAUUACGCGGUAGUAAAUCAGCAAAUAUUCGAAUCGCCUAUGAUUUAAUGUAUGAUAUCUCAUUUCACCACAAUGCGAGUCAUUUAACAUCAAUUCAUAGGUAAGAUGAUUUUGAUUUUGUACAUUUUAUUGCCUAGCAAUAUACAUGGUCACUUUGGUAUAGCAGGUACCUAUGUACCAACAGCUCUGUGUUUACUAAGCAUAUUCUAUUGUUGUAAAAUCUGAUGGGAGCGUCGUAUCUGUACCUUAAUUUUAUAAAAGCAAAUAAAUCAUGCAAGUAACAGUG